AUGGCCACGGCGGUGGCGGCGUCGAAUGACGUCAUGGAUGAGUACGACCCAGACGAUGACCCGCUCUUCGGUCGGCUCGUUUCCCUCCGCGUUGACGAACCCGGACACAGCUGGCGCGACGGCAUCGUGGCUCACGUGCACACGGAGGUGGUGGACGGGAUUGAGCGCGCGACGGGGGUAUACAUGGUGGUGUGGGGGAAAUUCGACCGCACCGAGGACGUCAUGCGGAUACCCGCGAAAGAACGAGAGUGGUCCGGAAAAAUCGACAUGGUCCGCAUGCAGAUGCAGGGAAGGCUUCGGAUUCUCGACACCAAGAUACCGGGAGAGCGUGACCCGGAGCCUCGCAAUGCUGAUCCCGAGCAGCCGACAUCCGAUCAGGCCCAAUCCGAGCCCGAGGCUCUUCACGUGCGGACGCCGCAGCAGUCACAUCCAACCGCCGUCACCGCCGCGCCCGCCACCAGCUCGGAGCGAGAGACGCCAUCUGAGGACCAAGAGUACGACCCGGACGACCCGCGCGGCAUGAGCGUCCGCCUCAGAGGAUGGAUUGACGAGCUACACACGUUCCAGAAGAACACCAAGGGCGACAGGCUCAACACGGACUUAGUAAAGAAGACAAUAGGAUACUUCCUGGAUAGGCACCUCCAGAAGGCGGAAGGAAUCAUCGAGGAAAUCGAUACGCGGCGAUGGAGGCUCAUGGAGGCAUCGUCGAGCGCGGCGGCGCGCGGCGGGAGCGUCACGAUGCAGCGUCGGCGGCUCCAGCAGCUCGACGCCGAGGCUUUCGAGUUUCUCACCGAAAUCGCGAGCGAGGCGCAGAAGAAGUUCUUCCAGCCGCUGUGCCGGGUAAACGCCAUGAUGUUGGUCGAUUACCUCAGACAAAAGUACCCCGGCGACAGGGACGUGCAACCCGGCCACGAGGCUGCCAGGCGCGAGGUUGACUGGACCGCCUUAGGGAGAGAUGCGGGCAGCAUCGGGCGGCACCUCGGCCAAUCCGAGGCGCUGGCUCGCGCUCUCGGCGGGACACUCGCCGGGGAGCCUUCACUCGCCGCAUCGCCAUCGCUCGAAGACGCGGAGGAGCAGGCCGUCGCACUGAGCGUGCGCUACGCGAGAAAACACGGCGUGGAGCCCGGGGAGUGGUCCGGCGGGAGGCGACUGAUGAAAGCGGGGAACGUGAGGGGUAUGGGCAGGUUAUCCCGCCCGGAGACGGUUGGAAAAGAGACGGACGAGUCCACGGCGGAGGAGCGACUGGAACUACUGGAGCGCGAGGCUAACGCUCGAAUCGGAAGGCUGCAGCGGAGUUUGAAGGACGACGGCGCGAGAGAUUUCAAGGAUUGUUUCUUCGAUCCGAACAGUUUCGCAAAGAGCGUCGAGGGUAUGCUGGACCUGGCCACCGCGGUGCACAGCGGCAACGCUGGCAUCGUCCCGGAGGAGGACCGAUCCAAGUGGCGCGAAUCGAUCGUCGGCCGGGUCGGCCCCGCGGACGGCCCGCCCAACCAGGAAAACUAUCAGACCCAGACGUUCGUGGUUCAGUUCGACCUCAAAACGUUCAGGGCGUGGGGCGGGGUUGACGAGGAACCGGAUCCAAACGACGCGGCGGAGGAUGACGGGCGGCUGGUGUGGAUGGCCCGAGACAGGGACCACUACGCCGCUCUCCUCGACGACGACGGCGAUAAGGCCAAGGCUGCGCUCGCGGCGCUGUGCCUCAACGGGGACGACGCCGCGGUCGUCACCGCCGUCGCGUUCAUAUACCGCGAGGCUAUGAGCGACGAGACGUUUUUCCAAAAGUGGGCGUCCGGGGUGUUGGGAAAAUUCGCGGGAUGGUGCGCCGCCGCGCAGGCGGGGCCCGUGAAGGAAAUCACGGAACGCGCGGCGAGGCGCGUGGCGAGGGAGUGGUUGGAGAUUUACGGCGAGGUGGACCCGCAGUGGCGCAGCGAAGACGUCAACUUCGUCUCCGAGGGACUGCACGCGAUCAGAGAGCUCGGCAUCGAGUGCGAGGACACUCGCGCGGCUCUGCGCCAAGUCGCCGCCAAGUUCCCCAGCGACUGGUACCUGCGGGGCGUGGACAGCAAGAAGCCGAGCACGUAUAAAUCCACCGAGGAGAGGGAAAACUACGAGAAGAUGACCACCGCGCUCAUCUGGUCUUAUUUUCUCCACGACGCGGGCAUCAUGGACGGGAGGUGCAUCAAAGGGGACACCCUGGAGGACAUCCGCCGCUUGUGCGAAACAGACGUCGACCUUCGCGAGCACAUGCCACUGGACGACGUGAGGAACGCUCCGGAUUUCGAUCAACUCGCGUAUUUCGUGACGCACAAGGUGUUCAACUACAGCGACUGGGGUCGGAAACGGCUGGACCCGGUGGAGUGGAGCGUCGAACUCGAUUUCCUCCGCGACCACAUCGACCACGUCCGCGUGAAGAACGGUCGCGGCGACGUGCACCUCUGCGGUGAAUUCGUGUGCUGCCUCCGAACCUUCGGCCUGUACGCGUCGAACGACGAGAAGGUGCGUCAGGCGGUCGAGUGGAUCGCGGCCGCGCAGAAUAAGCGGACCGGAGGGUGGGAGAUUCGCGAUCACGACCUGCAGAACUCGUUUCACGCGACCAUAUGCGCCGUGGAUGCGCUGAUCACGCCCACGAUGGACGGGUCGGCUCCGCUCGGUAAGGUGAACGCGCGCAAGGCCGGCGUGAGGACGAGCAAGAGGCAGCGAGAACGCGAGGAGGAGGAGGAGCGCCGAAGGCGACGUGCGAGGAAGGAGGCGCCGACGAUCAGGCUGUUCCCGUGGGAGCAGCCGCAUCCGUUGGAGGAGGAAUAA